AUCGCCCAAGCGCACCACAAAACGCCUCAAUGAUUGUGAUGAAAAAUAAGAAGAUACAUAUUUCUGUGUAAUUUGUGUGUCUUUCAUCAGUUCUUAGGUGCAAUGGUUCUGCAAGUUCAAUCAGCAUCCUGACAUUGUUCUUCCAUCUGAAUUGCUCGGCACAAUGUCAACAAACGAUCCAUCGGCUAGUCGCAUCCCUGGUCAGUUGAAGCGGUCUCCUGAAAAGCUCAGCAAGCACUUCAGACACAGCGACUCUGGGUCAGAAUCGGUUCAGUAUGUGAGGGUCGUAGGGGAAGAGGAGGCGGCUCACGUAUAGGCUCGCGUGGAGGCUUCGGGUCCUCUUCAUAUCGCUCGUACCAGUCAGGUUCCAGCGGUUCGACACGCGUUCGUGUGCGCUACAGCGGCCCCAGCUAUAUGAGGGGGUCAUGGCAGACUGCAGCUGCCAUGGGGACCGUGUAUGGCCUCAGUAGCUACAGGCAGAGAAGUCUCUACUACCGGUACCCUGACAGAGAGCCUACUAUUUGCUACAAUGAGGUGAACUUAAAGAACAGCACGUUCGGGUACUUUGUCUGCCCCGAGACCAACAUGACGGACUCGUUUGACAAGUGCUGCGGUGACUCUAAUGAGCAGAGGUGUUGUGAACCUAUGGUGUACACGAGAGAAAGCAAGCAGGCCAAUAUGGUUGUAAUUGUGGUUGGUGUCAUCGUAGGCUGCGUAGUGGUCGCAGUAAUAAUCUACAUCGUCAUUGUGCGACGUAGAAGAGCGGCCAGGCAAGGGAAGGUCAUCCAGAAACAGCAAACUGCCACGUACUCUCAGCCACCUCCAGUUGGUCUACCCUAUGGUCACUCAGGCAAUGUCGAAGGGUCGAUCCCCCUGAACCCUUACACUAACCAAACACAGCACCCUGCGGGCCCCGGGGGUUUCAUGGGCACACCCUCGGUCCCGGGCUUUGGGGAAGGCAAUGGAAUAGCACAUGGCCAGAACUGUGACUAUGCUGCAAACUCCCAGCCCGGCUACCCUGCCUACCCGCCACCAAACAAACCAGAGGGAUUUGAAGACAUAGGAAAAUCUGCACUGCCCGAGGGUGAGGUUUCUGGCCCUGCCCCCUUCCAGCCCUACAGCUACCCUCCCCCACCCCCUGGGGCAAGCUAUCAACCCCCAACCAUGGGCAUUGGCUAUGACCAGCAAGGUGUCAACCCUCAGUACCCCAAUGCUCCGCCCCCACCGUAUUCCGGGUAAACCACGUCACGGACUCUGAGUCACUCGCAGGCUGUUCUCGUUUUAUGCUGGUUGCAAGAGCCAUUUUCACUUUUCUUCUGAGUGGGAAAGAGACAAAGUCGUUAUAAAUGUUUCAACCCUAAGUUAUUGAUGAGAAGCAAAAAGUAUAAAACCUGCACAGCCUGCUGGUUGCAUAUAGCCUUUUAUAAACUCUUUCAGUGCUGGAACCGAAUUUUGAAGGCCUUUGCAAACAGUUUGGAUCCAGAUGAGACGCCACAGAACGUGGCCUCUCAUCAGGAUCCAAACUGUUUGCUAUUCUGAUAGUAUUCUUUGAAAAAAAUUCGAAGAAAAUGCUAUUUUAUGAAAUUCGGCAGACGACAUUUUAGCAGACGACAAAUUUCCCAGCAUGCAAAGGGUUAAUAAUUUGCAAUAUUAUUAUAAUGUAGAAGCUAUUGAUGAUUAAAUGUUUAAAUUUUGUUAUGAUAUGCAUACAUUGUUUGCAAAUUAUGUACGGUGUCAAGUGUGAUGCCCUCGACCCUCACACACCUAUUUACGAGGAUAAUGAAAUAUAUCAAACAGAAAAAAAGUAAUAAGACAAAUUUCCCAGCAUGCAAAGGGUUAAUGCACUUUUGAGUGGAAAGGGUUGACGCAAUCAGAUUAUUUGGCAAUACCAUAUGUACAAUGUCAAUCAAUCAGUGACAUUGCUGUGUCAUAAUUACCUCCAAUCAGUAUUUUGACUUUUUUUUUUAUCAAAACAGUUUCUGGUAAUGGAAACUAGAUUAAUAGCCUGUUAUCUUUUGUCAUUUAUUACUUUUUUUACUUGCAAUAAAACCUGAAUUUAAAGGGAGAACAUGUGCUUUUGUUGUCAUGUUUUUUUGUGUGUUAGUGUUGUGAGCUUUUUUCUUGCGAAACAAUCUUUAUACAAAUGUAUUUCAUGAAUUUUUGUUUUUCAUUUGUUCAAAUAAAGCAUUCUAAAAUGUUAACAAUCAAGCAAAUUUUUGAAAAAUUAUAUUUUGUACACAUUUAUUAUCCAUAUGUUUGAAAAUCAUGCUUGAAAAUAAGCAUUGCCAACAGCAUGUUAAAUUGGUGUAUUUUGUGUAUGUAUUUGAACAAAAAUGUUUGCAAAACUGUAUCAUUCUAAGUUGUUCAAUAAUAAAACUAUGAUUUACAUUUUAUACAAUGCAAUUUUAUUUGUUGUUUAUAUUGAGUUCUUGUUUAGAUUUAUUUUUUAGGAUUACAAUUUUUAUUAGAUUUAAAAUAUGAUUAAAAAAAAUCUCAAGCAGUUCAGGAGUAUAGCUAUUAUUGCACCUGUAGGAGGGUGAUGUCUACCAAGGCUGAAAAAUCGUCAUCAGUGCCUGGUCCUAAUUUCUUUCUAUAUUUUUGUAUUUUAUGAAUAAUUCCUGUAUGAUAAUUUGCGAAUACACAAUGAUGUAUUCACGCAUAUAAAUUUGCAAUAUUACACCUUUUCUGUUGUUCAGAUGUCUUUUUACGAUAUAUUAUGAAGCGUGUGUCUUCAACUCCUCUUUAACUGCUCUUUCAUAAACUUUUACAUUUUACUGACCUCAAUGUGUUUAUGAUGGUAUAGAAAGGAACUUUGACUGUGACCAGUUUUUGACCUCUAUAAUGUGUUUAUGAUGCUAAAGAACUUUGACUGCGACCAGAUGUUUUGCUGAAUUAGGCCCUUUGUCCAUUGUAGAAUUAAUGUGGCUUUGUCUGUGUCCUAACAUGUGUUAUUGGGCCAGCCGACUCUGUGACCUAUUUCAAGUGAAACUGAUUUUUUGUUUUCACUUAUGCAGCAGAAAAAGGUACGUAGGUCUGCUUUAAAAAAAUUCUGUCAAUAUUUAUAUUAAUGAUUUCUUAUUAAAUGGCCUAAGUCUUAUAAUAUUGGUUAAAGAAAUAAAAAUGGCUGUUAUUUCUGUAUUUGAACCUUAUAAUAUGCCGAAUUGCUAUUGGAUGUUUUCAUUAUAUUGGCAUGUUUACAUAAAAUCUCCAUAUAAAUCUUAAUUUCGUAUAAAAAUAUUUUUAUCAAAUUUUGCCUUCAAGUUAUUUGCCUUAAAAUUGGUCUAAUCACAUAUCACAUCUGUCAACCCACCGUUAUCACCUUCAAAGAAGCUUUUAGUUGUUGCAAAUACCUUGUUUCAAAGAAGGAGAUGAAUAUGAAAUGCUUAGUUUCAAAUUGCUUAGUUUAAUCCGAAAUAACUCGUACAAUCGGAGAAAAGUAUUUUAUAAGUCAUAAUAUUUGCCUACAUUAACAGGCAUAUGCAACUAACAUUCAGUAACAUUACAUAUGUUUGACAAAUUUGUUUACAACAUGAAUUCUUAACUAGAAUCCUAUGUUUUUUGUUAAUAAAAUGACGAACCUGUACUAAGUUUAUGCAAAAUAGUAAUACAAGAAAACAAUGUUAUAUAUUUGGGGGUGUUCUUUUAAAGCCUCUGCUCCACAUAAUCUGUCUUAACUUCUAUGUUAUCAUUAUAAAUGUUUCAUGCAUUGUAUUCAAAUGUAACAUCCUUACUUACAUAUACAUGUAUAUGUUAUAUUUUUGUCAGUAUACCGUAGUCAGUAGUAUAAGUUUGCAUGUUAUAUGUGUUAAUCUGUAUUAUUUUGUCUAACAUAUUAAAAGUGAGUUAAUAAUCUUUUUGCUUUUUGCUUUCAUACAUGUAGCUCUGUAGAUUUCGUUCAUUGUUAGUAAUGAAGUACUUGAAAAUAUAUGUGUUGUUUGUUUGAACAAAUGAUGCUUUAAAAACAAGUCAUCCUAAGUAAAUUAAUGUUACUUAAUUCUUCUCAACUGAUGAAUAGAUUGACAUAUUUAUUGUCCUUCUUAUUAAUCCAUCUUAAAAAAAGUAUUUUUCUUUUAAGAAAGGUGAAUUCUUUGUUUGAAAAUAUAUUUUAGCUUGUAUGUUUAUAACUUAUAAGGAAAUCAAAAGCCUUAAUUUCAUUUGCAAAUUCUGGGGAGAAAAAACGUAUAACAUUUCAAGCAAAAUAUUGAAUUAAGAUUUCAUUUGAUUCCAUUGUCAACUAUAUAGUUUUUGGCGAAUACAAAUGUUGAAAUAUGAUUUCCUUUGGUUUAUGGUUUUGUUAAAGAAAAAUCAAUGUGACAGUUUAAUGUUUUUUGGUCUGAGACACUCUAUGUAUUGCAAUUUAAAGUAAUAUUUUGUUAAAAUUUACUUAACUUUAGUAUGUAUAUAUUGUAUUCACAGUGUUAAUUAUAAUAUAAUUGCUAACUAUUUGUUGACAUUACCUGUAUUUUUUUGUGGAUUUAAUAUUUCAUGUGUCUGCUGCUGGUACAUUUUAUAAUGUUUUGUUGAUAUUUGUUUUAAUAUUUUUUGGAGGCUUUUAACUUAAUGUAAGAAAUCGAAUAUCACUGUUAAGUGGGAUCUAAUGUCUUGUUACAUUUUUCAUGUUCAAUUAAAUUGAUGCCAUAAAAACAACAAAGUCAACAGCCAAAUGGGUGGAAAUAAUUUACCUGGUCAAAAAAAAAAAAAAAAACAUGGAUAGAAAAAGUGUCUUGACAAGUAUUGCUUUGAAAAUCUUUCUUCAUUUAAAUGUUAUAAAAGUAUGCCUACAUGUUUAUUAGUAAAUGCAUUUGACGUUUUUAAAUCAGAGCUUUUAGGAUUUACAUAGGCCUUGUGAGUUUUUUUUACAGCUUUCUCGGAAUGUGUAUCUUUUAAUAUUUUAAAUGUAAUUAUCUAGUAGAUACUCCUGCAUUAAGUGCUAUUUGGUAUAAAAAUGGUUCUGUUUGUUUCUGUCUGUUAAUGUGAAUUCCGUUUUAUACUAGUGCACUUUUUAAUUCUCUAAUUCUGCAUUGCUAUAUGCGUUUAUGUGUAUGUUAUUUUUACAUAAUAGAUAUUAACUUAGA